CAAGGAUAUAUAUUUCAUAUUGUAAACAUUAUACUGACACAAAUAAAUUUAGUUUAUAGCUAGUGCUACUACGCUAAUAAAAGGUGUUUUAAAAUCGAAUCUCGUUGUGAGGAAGUUCCACAACAUUCUAUAAAUUGUAUUGGAAGAGAACCGAAUUCCAACCGGAAUUACGAGGAAUGAAUCCCACAUCGGGUGUGCCGCCGAAAGGCCCGAGCAGGGAUGAUAUCCCCAGCAGCUGCUCAUUAUGCGACAAUCCGGACGAUGAGGUUAUGGUUGCUUGCGACAAUUACAGCAUAUGGCAUCAUUUUCGAUGUGUGAAUGUCGAUAAUUCUAUUGCCGAACGCAGUUGGAAUCGCCCGAGAUGCGACCGGGGAUCGAAUAUCGAUAAUAUUUCUGUUAUCCCGAAUAGCAGUGAUCGUGUUUCUCGACAUUCUCGUGCAAGCACGAUGACUUCAAUCCGUGCUGCAAAAACCGCUUUGGAGUUAAAGCGUCUGGAGGAACAAAAACGUUUAGAAUCAGAGCGUAUAGAAGCGGAUCAUAAACGUCAGGAACAAGAAGCCUUGGAACGUUCCCGUCUACGUGCGGAAGAGCUGAAGAAGCUUGAAGAAUUGUACCUGGAGGAGAAAUAUCGAAUCCUCAAUGCUGAACUAGAUGAAUCCUGUAGUGAAAAAUCGGCAAGCGUAGACGGAAAGGCACGCGCCAAGCAGUGGGUCGAUGCGUGCGAUGUUAAUACCGCGGCAUGCAACAUAGGCAAAAUGUACACACCGAUGAAGCAAUCCGGUGAGAAAAUAGUAACCGGAACCAUUCCGAAGAAGGUGCUACAGAAGGAAAACUAUACGUUAUCUAAUUGUCAACCAUGAAUGAACUCGACUCCACGCGAUAUUGACGGUCCGGGGUUGAAAGCUGUCAUCACAACACCAAAAAUAAUUCUUCAAAAAAGCAGCAGAACGGGUUUAUCAAAAGUGCGUCAGUGCGAUCCGUGGUCCAAUCCGAUAACAGGAGAAACGUCAUACCGUACCCAAGUGAGGUCGGGUGCUGAAACAUUCACAAAUAUGCAUGAACACGAUUCACGAGCUCAACCACCAGCUAGAACAGUUUGUUCUCCGCAAACAGAAUCACAAUCGGAAGGGUUAUCGAAUGCCCAAUUAGCUGCUCGACAUGUAUUGUCGAAAGAUUUGCCAACUUUCACGGGGAAUCCGGAAUAAUGGCCCGUUUUUAUCAAGUACGAGACAAUGCGGUUACUCAAAUGCGGAGAAUUUAAUCCGCCUCCAACGAGGAUUAAAAGGCGAUGCUUUGGAAGCAGUCAGGAGCCGUCUUUUGUUACCUGAAGCAGUGCCACGCGUUAUUUCUACUUUGAGAAUGUUGUACGGGAGACCUGAAACGCUGAUUUAUUCACUCUUCUCCAAAAUAAGAAAUUCACCAUCACCGAAAGAAGGUAGGUUGGAUACUCUAAUUGUUUACGGCAUGGCGGUCCAAAGCUAUUGCGAUCAUCUAGUGGCAGCGGGUAUGGUAGAUCAUUUGUCCAACCUCUCCCUACUUCAAGAGCUGGUGGGUAAACUUCCUACAGAUAUUAAGUUAAAGUGGGUAGAUUUCAAAGAAGCAGUAAGUUCGGCGAAUCUGGAAGUUUUCGGAGAAUUCAUGACAGAAAUUAUGAGGAAAGCAAGUGAAGUUACGGUUUAUUGUCCAAGGACGAACACAAAAUCAAAAAUUGAGGAAAGCAAGCAACGAAUCAACGAGCCAAAUCCGAGAAAAUUUGUUCACCCCCACAAUACCGGAGAGUCAGGUAUUGCUGAGAUCUGUCAAAAGACGAAUGAGAUAGUUUGUGUCGUUUGCGAUAGACCCGGUCAUCAAGUAGAGACCUGUGGUAAGUUCGCUAAAUUUACUCCUGAUGAGAAAUCGAAAACCGUUCGAUUACAUAAUUGAUGUCGAUCCUGUUUGAAAUGCCACUUACCUUGGCCAUGUCGAAGACCAAAAGAUUGUUCUGUAGUGGGUUGUCGUAUCCGUCACCAUCUUUUGUUUCAUUAUUCCCCAUACAAUUCGACAUCACAAUCUAGUAGUCCACAAAAUUUUCAUGGCGUUAGUCGCAAUACUUUAUACAGAAUCAUUCCUGUUACCGUUUACGGAGAAUCAAAGUCGAUUAAUACGUUUGCAUUGUUAGACGGAGCAUCAGAGGUCACAAUGAUGGAAAAAUCACUAGCAAAUCAGCUCGGAUUGGAAGGGAAGUUGGAUCCGUUACAUUUGCGGUGGACCUGAAACAUAACGCGCGUGAAGGAAGAUUCUCGCUUAAUGAAUGUACUAAUUUCUGGUCGAAAUAAGAAAAAACAAUACAACGCAACGCAACGCAAGAACUGUUGAGGAAUUGGAGCUUCCCAUACAGUCAGUUAACAUGCGAGAGCUAGUACAAUUUUUUCCAUACCUUUGCGGUCUUCCGCUGCAGGAUUAUGAUAACGCACGGCCACAGAUACUGAUCGGACUCGAAAAUUUAUAUUUUGCCACUCCACUGAAAAUCCGGGAAGGACCCCAGGGACAUCCGGUAGCAACCAAGACUAGAUUGGGUUGGUGUCUUUAUGGUGGACCUUCUCUUGUACACAACGAUUCUUUCCGUAGAGUUUUCCAUGUCAGUCGUUUGACCAAGGAUCAGGAUUUACAUGAGUUGGUCAAGCAAUUCUUUUUUGUAGACAAUCAGGGAGUAACAUCACCUACUGUCUUAAUCGAAUCCGAUGAAGAUAAGAGAGAUAUAUUGAGUGCAACAACGCGUAGAAUUCCAGGAGGUUUUGAAACCGGGCUUCUCUGGAAACAAGACAAAGUAUGUUUUCCAAAUAGUUAUCCCAUGGCAAUAAAUCGCCUCAAAAGCCUCGAACGUAAAAUCAACAAAGAUCCUCAGUUAGCAGCACGAGUUCGAGAUCAGAUAACCAGUUAUUUGGAGAAGGGAUAUGCAAGACGCGCCACGGCGGACGAUCUUCUGUGUGCUGAUCAAGAUAAGAUUUGGUUUCUACCCCUUGGUUUCCUGGUUAAUCCGAAGAAACCAAAUAAACUACGAUUAAUUUGGGAUGCUGCGGCUCAAAUUUAUGGUAUCUCAUUCAAUUCGAUGAUCCUCAAAGGCCAUGACUUUCUAACGCCAUUACCGGAUGCUAUGUACCGUUUUCGCCAUCGCAGAAUCGCUGUCGUUGGAGAUAUUAAAUAAAAGUAUCAUCAGAUUAAAAUACGCGCCGAAGAUCAACCGGCUCAACUCUUUUUGUAUAGAGAGGAUCCCUCAAGAGAACCAACAAUAUUUGUUAUGAGUGCAGCAACAUUCGGAUCGGCCUGCUCACCAUGUUCCGCCAACUACAUAAAAAACUUCAAUGCUAAAGAACAUCAACAGAAGUUUCCGGAAGCUGUGGAAAUAAUAUUGAAUGGCCACUAUGUGGACGACCUAUUAGACAGUCGCGAUACGGAAGAAGAAGUCAUCCAACUAAUAGAACAGGUGAAGUUCGUGCAUCGACAAGCAGGAUUCGAAAUACGAAAUUUCAUGUCUAAUUCCUCGAAAGUGACAAGGAAGCUUGGAGAACCUAAUAACAUUGGGGAGAAGGAAUGGAAACCCGAAGGAUAAGAACAAGUUGAAUCUGUGCUCGGAAUGCGCUUGUUACCCCAAUCCGAUCAGUUCACGUUCACCAUUCCGAUCCUACCAGUAGGGCUUCUUGACGGUUCUGUUCGACCUACUAAAAAGCAGAUAUUACGUGUCGUUAUGAGCCUGUACGACCCCCUUGGAUUCCUAACGAUGUUCAUUCUACAUGGAAAUAUAAUUAUUCAAAACCUUUGGCGAUCAGAUUGUGGUUGGAAUGAGCAGGUGAACGACAGCAACUAUGAGGAUGGGAGACGAUGGAUUGGCGGUUAGAGUGAGGUUAGAAUUCCUAGGGCGUAUUUCGGUACAGCGAUUCCGGAGCAAUGUCAACCUAUACAACUACACGCAUUUGUCGAUGCCAGCGAGGCUGCAUUUUCCUGCGUUAUAUACCUCCAAAACAUUAAGGCUGGAAAACCGAAAUUAUCGUUAGUAGGAAGUAAAUCGAAAGUAGCCCAUAUCAAGACACUUUCAAUCCCAAGACUAGAGUUACAAUCUUCCGUGUUGGGGACUCGUCUAACAAAUUCUUUUCUUCAAAGUCAUAAACUGCCGAUUUCACAACGGGUUUUCUGGACGGAUAGUACAACAGUUCUCCAUUGGAUUCACUCAGACUCACGUAAAUACCAACCAUACGUAGCUUGUCGAAUUGGAGAAAUACUACAGUCCACAAAUCCAACCGAAUGGAAAUAUGUUUCAUCAUCAAACAACGUAGCGGAUGAAGCUACUAAGUGGGGACAAGGCCCACGCCUAGAUCCGGAAUGCAGAUGGUUCCAAGGCCCCACAUUUCUUCUACGGACGCACGAGUUUUGGCCACCGCAGACUUGGAAAGGUGCUGAAGCUGCAGAAGAGUUGCGAUCAGUCCAUUUACACCACCGAUUAAAUCCAUAAGAAGUAGUAAUUGAUAUACGUCGUUUUUCUAAAAGGGAGAGACUAUUACGAACUCUAGCAUACGUUUACAAAUUCGCGAGUCACUGCAAGCAGAAAGUCGGAAACCGAACUGUGGAAAAUAGUUCAAAGAGAAGCCUUUCCAGUAGAGAUCGCCGAGUUGCAAAGACAUCGUCGUUCCAAGCCUUCGGGGUGAUGCCGAUAUCGAGCCCGCUUCAUAAAUUAUCGGCAUUCCUUGAUGAAGAAGGUGUUAUUCGAAUGGAUGGUCGUAUCGGCGCCACCUCCUACCUGCCGAUAGAAGCUGAGUAUCCUGUAAUACUUGCUUCGAACCAUUCAAUAACCCAUCUCUUUAUAGAUUUUUAUCACCGACGAUUCAAUCACCAAAACUGAGAAUCUGUCGUCAACGAACUCCGCCAGAAGGUUUAUGAAAUUGAUUGAGAAAUUUGGUCCGGUUUGAGAAAUCUAGUUCGGAAGAUCACAUCUAGAUGUCAGUGUUGCAAGGUGCGUAACACGAAACCCAGUACACCCAAGAUGAGCCCACUACCCCGAGCGAGACUCCAAGCAUGGCACCGGCCAUUCACUUACAUUCACUGGAUUGGAUUAUUGCGGUAUGCGGUCCGUUGUAUGUUAAAGUAGGACGAAGCCAACAGAAGCGUUGGAUUGCUGUAUUCACCUGCCUCGUUACACGUGCCAUACACAUGGGAGAGUCACACAGCCUAUCAACUGUUUCAUGCAAGAUGUGCAUCAAUCGAUUCAUUGCGAGAAGAGUAGCUCCUGUCGAGUUAUACACAGACAAUGGUACUAAUUUUCAAGGUUCUGCUAAAGAGCUGCACACCCAGAUCGCAGCAAUCAACCAAGACUGCGCAGAGACAUUUACGAAUACCAAUACGAAAUGGAUGUUCAAUCCACCAGCGGCUCCUCACAUGGGUGGGGUUUGGGAACGGCUGGUGCGUUCAGCCAAAACCGCAUUUGAAUCGUUCUCUUGUGCACCUAGACUGCCUGACGAUGAAACGUUCGAAACUAUAAUUCUUGAGGCGGAAAGCAUGAUAAAUAGCCGGCCAUUGACGUACAUUCCUCUGGACCAUCCGAAUCAAGAGGCCCUCACUCCCAACCACUUUCUGCUAGGUGGAUCUAGUAGUAUUCUGCAACCGCCGAAAAAUCCGAUUAACGCAACUGAGUGUCUUCGUAGUAACUGGAAUUUAGCACAAAAUAUCCUCGAUGGAUUAUGGCAGCGUUGGAUCCGUGAAUAUUUACCGACGAUUGCGAGACGCACGAAGUGGUUCAGCGACACGAAACCAAUAGAGGUAGGCGAUUUAGUAUUCAUGGCAGACGAGAAGAAGCGAAUCAGUUGGGUCAGAGGUCGGAUAAUCGGUGUCACAAAUGGUAAGGACGGAUUAGCAAGGCAGGCGCAGGUAGAAACAAAGUUCGGAAUAUUCCGACGACCAGUCGUGAAGCUUGCAAUCAUCGAUAUAGGAAAGUGUGAGACCGAAGAGGAUGAAUGUCCCACUCAGUCUCACGGGCCGGGGAUUGUUGCAGUGAUAGACUAUCGUCAAAUCACCCCUCGUGUCGACGACGGCAAACCUUCCAGUUCAACCUCCUAUACAGCAUUGUGACGCAAAGCUUUUGCAGUGGGUUUCGUCUCGAAAUGUCAACGGGUAAAGAUCUGUCAACACGAACACGAAUUCUUUUUCAAUUUGAUCUUCACCUCGAGUAGUCGACACCGAUAGCAGAGUUUAAUUGGAUACAUCAAUCAGUUAAUCCCAACACUACAAUUUAUAGCUAGUGCCACUACGCUAAUAAAAGGUGUUUUAAAAUCGAAUCUCGUUGUGAGGAAGUUCCACAACACAACCCCUAGUUUGGAGAAAAGACUCUCAUGGAGAAGGAGAGAAGCUCUUGUUUCCUUGUCCCCAUACGAUUAAGAUCCCACCGUGGUUGAUUACUCAAUCUCCACUGUUGCUUCUCGUACCCUGGGUGCAGUGACGUAGUGUACGGGGGCGAGGGGAAGGUCCAUCAGUGGGGUGACACCCAAGACCACGCUCAAGUGUGGAAGCUAGGAUUGGGCGAUCUCGGAUCGAUUUUUAGAAGAUCGAUUUUUUCCAUUUCGAUUUCUGUUUUUUUAGAUCUAGCUUUUAUACACCCAUACCUCGCAUUACGGCCUAGAUACGUUCCUGGACCACUAAGAAAAAAGCCGUAUAACAAAUCAAUUAUUCCAAUACAAAUUCAUACAAACUCUAUCGGAUCGGUUCCAAGCUUGUUCAACGAAAAGCCGUUUAAAGAGCGGCCGUAUAGCGAGGUAUGGGUGUACUCGAAAAAAACGAUUUUUGGUUUUUUUUGAAUUCAGAAAAACUUAUUGUAGAUUUGUUUUUUUUCAGUAUAACGGGCGUUCAAUAAAACAUUAGAAUUUGAUAAAGUAAAAGAAAAAAAUCAAGCAAUUAAGUAUUUUUUUUUAUUAAAAACACAACGGUUGUUCUUCGAAAAAAAAAACAAGUGAAGGUUGGCAUAGGGCUCGUGCUCAGAGCCCCCCCCCCCCCACCAUUCUCUCGGUGAGAAAUAUAUUUACGCUCUUUACUUUUUACUAUUAAUAUCAUUCUCAUCUUUUAUUGAACACCUGAUUUCAUUAAUUUCAAUCACAAAGACUACCUAAAAAAUUUUUAAUGAUAAAGUCAACAUUUGAAUCGCUUCUUCUACGAUUUACUUCAAUGUUAAAAUUAAUCAGAAAUUAUAUGUGCCCAACAAUGGAUUACUUUUGUUGUUAAAUGGAUUGCUUUUGUUGUUAAUUGAAUUCGAAUGUACCAUCAAUAUUGAUUUUGACGAUGUAACCAGGCAAUUUGUUGCUCUCUUAAAGAUUUUAUAAUUUCUUGUUCGUUUUAUCAAAUACAGUAGAACCUCGAUUAUUAGCAAAAGUGAGUUCCAUAUUAAUUGUAUAGGCCUUCCCGAAAUUUGUCCGUGAGUCUUUGUUUCUUUGUUUUCGUCAUGGCUACAACAUUAUCUGAACACUGGUGUACACGACCUAACAAAUGGACAACUUAAUGACAUACAUAGUUUUCAUACUGAAAUAAGUUUUUUCGUGUUUGCAUCUCAUUUUUAGUCCUUCAUUGCGUUAUCCGUGGUCACCUUGCUACUCAAUAUUGCGCAAAACCAAUACAUAAGUUUUUGGUUUGGUAAAGUUGAUUUUUCAUAAAAAAAAUGAAAACAAACACUUGAUAACAAGUGGCCACGUUACGCCACUGACCGAGUCGUACCGCGGGGAGCUAGGGCUAGGAGUCUUUGGACGAGAAACUUCUGAACCAUGAAUGGGAUCUAUUCUAUGUCUGCAGAUUCACGAUGUACCAAUUACACAUUUUGCCCAGUCGUGGAUCAAUCAACGAGACGUUCUUUCAUUGUUCCGUAUAACGUAAGGUCGACAAUUCACAUACAACAUGCACAUCCCGUUUACGUCACGUGUUUACAAAAAUGUCAAUUUAGAGGAUCAAAUGUGAAAUUAUUCGUGUCGCAUUAGAAGUCUAGCCAUUUAAGGUGGCCGUACACUGUUUGCCCGGAGGUCAAAUAUUUGAUAUUUUUUGACAGAUAAGGUUUGAUUUGAUAUUUGUACAAACACUAUUUUGUUUGCCACUCUUCAAUUUUAAAAAGUAGUAAACAGUAUCAAACACCGAACAUGGAAAAAAAUCAACUGAAAUAUCCAAGGUAACCUAACCAUGUACCGACAGGUUCGAAGAACAGACUGAAAAAAUAUUUUAGGCAUUCAAUAAUUGAAUAUUUGCUUGUCGUGUUUUGUGUAGAAUAUAUUUGAUCAGUACACGUUGACCAAAUUUUAUCUGUCAAAAAGAGUCAAAUAUUUGGCUUCGGUCAAACAGUGUAUGAGCACCCUUAGCUAGAUGGUUAGGGGAGCGGUAUAUGAAAACAGUACGGAAGAAAGCAGAAGGCGAAUUAUUUCCUUGAAGCGUGGAAGAGACAGACUAAUCCCGAGCGAGCUUGGGCACAAGCGUAUUGUGUUUUGUUUACAAACAAAACACAGUAGACUUUCAAGAUGGCUGAAGAGUGGUUUUAGCAAGUUGGCCCACCUUAGGAUAUACUUCUACGCGCCUUGCCGCUGGCUACCUCAUUUUAGCGUGUCCAUUUUCUGGCAACAUUAGUCAAUGUAUCACAACGAUCACAACAAUAGUUGACAGUUCUCGAGCAAACAAAAUAACAGCUGUUCGAUUUCAUAACAAAUCCGGGCAAUAGUUUUGCAGUGUCUACACUCAUACGGGAUAUUUUACUCUGAAUGGGUAGAUUGAAACGGAAAAAUGGUUUUAUUUUAUACGAUAGAUUAUUCCAACGCAGUAGAUGAGCACACAAUAUGUCGGAACAAACUGAAGCUGGUGGAAAAUGUGUACAAAAAUGAUGCGUUGGAGAAAAAUAUAACGAGAAAGAUGAAAAUUAUUCACAUAGAUUCCAUUGAAUUAAAUCGAUUUUUGCUCGAUCUACACUACUAUAUAGCCUACAGGUUAAAAGUCGCGAAUGGCAUUGCUAGCUUCUGUGGCCGUCAUGAAAUAUUUGUGAUAAAAAUUCAUCCACCAGAGAAGGAGCCGCUAGAUUACGCAUGGGGUUACCGAGCUAAUGUUAUGAUGUGGGAGCAAAUAGAGGUAGACGAAAUGAUGUCUUGGCUGUCGACACUUGGUGGAGCAUUUUCUGCAUUGGGAGACUAUAAACUAUCGUAUGCAAACAUUGCCGGGCGAAUUUCUCUUCGACAAAUGAAACUGGCUUUGCGUUUGGGCGAUCCCUCCCUGAUAGCUCGCUGUCGGUUGUAUCAGGCAAUUGCUAUGAUCCAGAGUUACAAUUUUACUGGAGCCAAAUACACGAUUCAGCAGGUAUACCGUGCAGAAAAACGUCGUUCGGAACCCGACAGUAAACUGAUCAAAAUGUGUCUUGGUAUAUGGACCAAAUUAAGCUACGAAUAUGAAUUGUAUGAGAAAAAACUGAAUCGAUCGAAGGAAUAGAGCGCAAUAUUUUCGGGCAACGAAACAGCCUUGUUCAUAGUAUUGUCCCUUCAACGAAUCCCAAAUUCCAGUCCUUUGUGAUUAUGAUAAAAAAGAAAACAAACAUUCGAAUAUAAUUUCAAUAUCGAACAACAUUUUCACAAUUUAUUUUCUUUAAAAAUUUUAUUACGUCUUCUCAGUUUUUGCUCCAUUUAUGUCACGAUAAAUUUAAUUAGCAAUUGUUAUUAUCCUAAAUACAGUUUACAUAUUAGCUAGACAAUAUUGUUCUUUCUCGAUAACAAGAAUGGCCGUAUUCAUGUUUCCUCGUAUUAUACCUGUACUAUACGAUAUUUUGACCUCGAAAGACCAUUCGAUCGCACCCCGAAACAUGCAUGCUGUAUGUGUAUGCUUUGAUAAUUGUGUUAUUUCUCUGGCUUAUGUAAAGAAAAGUGUGAUAAUUGCGCGCGGUCCAAAAGAGUGCAGUGCAGAAUAGGGGUGUGAAUGUUCACUUUGCCAAGGUACCCAUCGGAUCCCAGGCAGGCAGAACGGUCGGAUUCAAAUCGAACACGUCCAACACGUCUUGUGGCACCAAACUGCGGUCCAC